CAUUCCUUCAGUCACACACACACACUCCUCCGCUUUCUCCUCCUUUUUACCUCUCACACCAAAAUCACCACCCCGCCCAUCGCCGCCGCUCUCGCUUUGUCGGCGUUUUUCUCUUUUUCUCUAUCGACAAUCUGCCGAUCUCACCGGACCACCAUCUUCCAACUCCCGCCCUGCGAGCUUCUCCUUUUCGGAGACGCAGGUUAUUAAACAGGCUUUAGGUCGGGCUUAAAGAAUGGGCCAGGCUCAAGUUGCUUUGGUGCAAUAAUCGGCCUGGCCUGUUAAAGCCAAAGCCUUCGUCUUGCUUCUUCAAUUUCCACUUCUUGUUGGAGGUCUUCAGCUCCCAGUCCCCAAACCAAAACGAGAUUCUCAUGGCUUCUUUGGUUUCUCCUCAGAUUGGUGAUUUCAUGGAUGUUAUUGCUUGCCUUUUUUCCUCUACGAUUUGAAAUGUCGUAGCUUCCUUGGUUGCUCAUGUAAGUCACAUAUAGGAGCAAUAUGUAACUGAGUUUAACGAGAACUAUGAGACAACAUGUUGGGGCUGUGGACUGCAUGUUAUGAUUCCAUCUAGUGCAACUGUUUUCAAAUGUGGCUGGUGUGGGGCCAUUACAGAUGAAUCCAAGAAGAAAAGUGAUCACAAGUCCUUUAGGUGGAGACAACUGCGAGAUCAGUGCUUCAUAUCUGUUGUCAUCAUAUUUAUGCUCUUUGUAUUAUGUGGCGGAGUGUGGGCAGUCUAUCCUGUUGUCUUUUCUAUCAGUUUUCUAUGGGGAACUUUACACCUAAUCAUCACAGCAAUUUUGGCCAUUGUAACCUUUUCCUCUUUCAGCCUUGCAGCCUUGAAAAUUAUAGUUUUUGUCACUACUGCUCAAAACCAAAGUCACCUAGAGCUCAUCACUGUCGAUCAUGCAGAAAAUGUAUACUGGACAUGGAUCAUCACUGCCCAUUCAUUGGAAACUGUGUUGGUGCAGCUAAUCACCGCAGCUUUGUCGCCUUCCUCAUGUCGGCUGUGUUAAGCACAACCUAUGUGGCAGUCAUGUCCAUUCAUGCAGGCUUGCAUGUAUGGCCACCAUUGAGUUUCUCCCUUGAAAGUUCAAAGGGGAUUUCCGGCACAUAUCUUGGAUUGCGAAUUUUGAGUAAAAUCAGUGCUGCCUUUCUGAGAUCUGCCCUUCUUCUAUCCCCAAGAGGACUAGUUCUUGUUUAUCUGUUUAUUUCAAGUGUUUCAUUGCUGAUAGGAUUGAGUGUUCUUCUAUGGCAGCAGCUUUCUUAUAUAUACCAGGGAAAAACUUAUUUGAGUCAUUUGAGUUCUGAAGGAGAUAAUGAAGAAAAGAAAGAUUGUCAAAACCUUGUUAGAUUUUUUGGUUUCCAAUAUUCUUUAACUAGAUUUUUGCCAAUCUUUGGUGUUACUAGGAAGAAACAUGUAAAGCUAAACAAUCAUGUUCUGUAAGUCAAAUGAGCUGUUGGAAUUUUCUUUAACACAAUCUGUAUUGUAUACUAUUACUUUCACCUCAUUAUAUAUAGGUCCACAUGAAUUAUUCCAUAAAAGUCUUGAAUUAUUACAUUA